AGUGUUUUUUAAAGUAUUUCAAACAUAAAUCACAAAAUCUGAGCGUAGCUCCAGCCCAGCCUAGGCAUCCGCGCAGUCUUGUGAAGGUGUGCAUAGCUCCAGCCCAGCCUAGGCAUCCGCGCAGUCUUGUGAAGAUGAUACUGGUAACUGUUAUGAUUGCUGGGUUCGUGUGUUGCGCCUGCACCUUGAACCAGCGUUCCUCUGGAAGCGGUCAUGUGUUUGAUGACAGCCCCCAGGCUCGGGCGAUGUUUCGGAAGGCAGACAGAGACCAGAACGAGUACCUUACGUACGGGGAGUUCCAGAACGUGUUCCGUUCCUAUGACAACAACAAGGGAGCAUCACGUUACAGACUCGCCACUAUGGACAGAACUGUUGUUAUUCUCAUAAUAACAUUAUCGUGGCUUUAUUCGUUAAAUGCAGCCUUUACCAAUGUUGCAUUGAAUAAGGCGGCCACCCAAACCGACACGCAUAUCGGAGGCGAUGCAUCAUUGGCCGUGGAUGGGUCUAAUUUCCAGGCAUCUUCUUAUGCGGACACUGGUUGCACAAGGACCGUGUCUGAAGACGCAUCUUGGGAGGUUGAUUUGGGAGACCUCUACGUGAUAAAUCGAGUGAAAAUAUUAAAUAGACUAGAUUACGUCGAAGCACCUGAUAUUGAUCAGUGGGUUUCUUCGAUUGUAAGUUUUUCCACUCAAUACACGAAAGAAUUAGGAUGGGCCGCCAGUGAGAUGAUUGGAGCAGCUAAUGUAUAUCCGAACUAUGGCGAUAAAAAAGGGGCGUGGGCUCAAAAGGAUGAGGGGAUCGGAAUUGAGGUCAUUGAGGUAAUGUUCACGAAGAAAGUUUUCGUUUCUAAAGUUGACAUCUAUGAGACGUGGAAUUCUGGGGGCGUGACGUCAAUCAAGGGGCGUCAAUCAGGGCAGUGGGUCGUUCUGUGGUCAGGGGCCGCAAGUCAUAUACAGAACGCCCGCAUUUUCAGUCCGCCCCUAUUGACGACCGAAUGUUUCACGAAUCAUAUUCGCAUUGAGGUGGACACUUCAAUUUCAAACUCGUGGGUCGAAAUAGAUGCAGUGAAGCUGAACGGGAAAGAAAACAUACAAGUUGCAUGUUUGCAAGACGUCGAGGUAUAUUCCGCUAGAGAGAGGAACGCAUACACGUUAGCCAAUUAUCAAUCUGGUGUUGCCGGUGACAGUGUAACUUUCACCCAGGAUAUGUUUGCACGCUGGAUCAAAGUCACACGGCGUACGCCUAUUAAAGCACUCAGCUUAUGCGAAGUGUUGGUUUUCGGUUUUCUGCCGGAUGACACUGAGACCUUCCGGCGUCUGUCAUCUCACAAACCCAUAGGCACUUCACUGAGAGUCAUCAACAGUUUGACGUCAGUGAUGAAAUGCGCCGCGCACUGUGACCGCCAGAUGGCGCCAAGAUGUAGGUCAGCACAGUACAACCCGUCAACGAAAACAUGCUCUCUGUACCAGUGGUUUGACAACGCCUUGAACACAAACGCUAACUCCGUCAUGCUCGUACGUGAAUAUGGAGUGCGGUUUCUUACAUAACCAAGAAUCCUUCUAAUUGAAGGGACAAAUCGACGGCUGAUAAACAAUACAAUUAUCAUCAAUACGUUAAAACUAUAUGGCUGCAUAGCAUAAAGAUCUAUGUUUUACAAGUACGUUUUAUGGGAUGUGUAAUUCCAUUUGUGUAUCAACACACUUGUUAAAAAAUGUCUCAUAAUCGCACCGUUUAAUGAAUUAUUUAAAUUCGUCAAUGUACUUUGUUAGUCUGUAAAUAGUUCAAUGUCGUGUUUGUUUGGUAAAAUUUUAUGUAAAAUGUAAUGGGAAUGUCUUGAUUUUUUUUGUCGAGUGAAAUAAGGCGACGAUGGUUUAUUGCUUUAACGACACUGAGUCUACGUUGUCAUCGGGUUGAAAGAUUAUGCUCACCUCGUCACUCCGCUGUAUAUAUGGGGCUUGAUCUGUGAAAAGGGGGUUUAGUGCAUGUGCGUAAAGUGUCGCACCACAUUAGCCUGUGCAGUCCGCACAGGCUUAUUAUGGACGACACUUUCCGCUUUGAUGAUAUUUUUUCGUUUCAAGACAGUCUCUUCUUAUCAAAAAUCUUGUUUAAUCGGAAAAUGUCGUUCCUUAUUAGCAUGUGUGGACUGCACAGGCUAAUCUGGGACAACACUUUACGCACAUGCAUUAAACCCCCCUUUUCACAGAGCACCGACCAUGUUUCGUUCAACUGUUUGUGUGUUUCGUUUGUCUUAUUGGCAUUGCUUUUUUGUUUUGUUUGGUAUAUCGUGCAUCCAUUUAGCUCCGCAUUCUAAGAGUAAACAUAAUUUGAACAAGUUGAAUAUGUUUAAGCAAUAUCUUACAUACAAAGAGCCCAGCUUAUUACUGAAUUAACAGAUACAUGUUUUAGAACGAUGUCAGAUGGCCAAUACAGAUGCAAUCUUAUAAAUAACGUCAAACUAAACGAGAAGAACGCACCAAGUUAAUUACUCAUUGCUGACCUCUCUUGUUAGACAUGUCUUUGGUAUGCAGGCGAUCCAUUGAUUGUUGUAUAAUUUCAUGUAAAUGGCGGGCUGACAUCCGUACACGUCCGUCGCAUAUAUCAUAUUACUUCGCUACCUUUGGGCACGUGGUUUUGCACAAGAUCCCGUCGGAAAUUGUACACUUGAAAAGUCAGUACCACGCGCACGGCUAGAUAUUGCGGUCAUACAAUGUGUUAUUGUCAUGCCAUAUGCCGUUACAUUUAGCUUUUAGUUAAGAAUAUUAUACGAACCUUGGACAACGUUCUGUUAGAACUAAAUCAAUAGAAAUAAAUCGCUAUGAACACUAAAA